GCACCUCCAUUUUUACAGGCGCAAACAAACACAGAUCUACAGUCAUGGAGGAGAACAAUAACACAACCCUGAAGAAGGCCUUACUGCUCCUAAACUGCGUUCUAUUAUCAAUAGGAAACUGUGGGGGUCCAUUAAUCAUGCGACUCUACUUCGUCCACGGUGGCAAGCGUGUUUGGCUCUCAAGCUGGCUCGAAACCGGCGGUUGGCCUCUGAUCCUUAUUCCGCUUUUCAUAACCUACCUCCGGCGUCGCAAAAACAAAUCCCCAAACACACUCUUCUUCCUUAUGAAACCUCCCUUGUUCUUCGCGGCAGCAGUUAUCGGCCUCAUAACCGGCUUAGACGACUAUCUCUACGCCUACGGCGUGGCACGGCUCCCGGUGUCCACUUCAUCUCUCAUAAUUGCAUCUCAAUUGGCUUUCACUGCCGGUUUCGCUUAUUUACUGGUGAAGCAGAAGUUUACGCCCUAUUCUAUAAACGCUGUUAUUUUGUUGACUGUUGGAGCGGGUGUUUUGGCUCUGCACACGAGCAGCGAUCGUCCGGAGCAUGAGUCGAGUAAGGAGUACGUGUUGGGGUUCCUUAUGACUGUUGGGGCUGCGGCUUUGUAUGGGUUUGUGCUGCCGUUGGUGGAGUUAACCUACAAGAAGGCAAAGCAGGAGAUAAGUUACACGCUUGUGAUGGAGAUCCAGAUGGUCAUGUGUCUGUUUGCUACUAUUUUUUGCACUGUUGGGAUGCUCGUUAACAAAGAUUUCCAGGCGAUGUCAAGAGAAGCAAAAGAGUUUGGACUAGGAGAAACCAAGUACUAUGUGAUACUGGUGUGGAGUGGAAUAAUAUGGCAGUUUUUCUUCUUAGGAGCUAUUGGAGUAAUAUUUUGUGCAUCCUCUUUGCUGUCUGGUAUUAUAAUAGCACUUUUGCUACCAGCGACAGAGAUCCUAGCAGUCAUUUUCUUCCAGGAGAAAUUUCAAGCUGAAAAGGGUGUGGCUCUUGCACUCUCUCUUUGGGGAUUUGUUUCAUACUUCUAUGGCGAGAUUAAACAAAACAACAAGAAAAACAAUCACAGUGUUCCAGAAACAGAAAUGUCUCUACCCACCAAAUCUCCAAGUCCCACAGUUGAAAAUGUAUGAUUGUAAUUAAGGAUUAGGUUUCCGUUGCAUUGGAACAUCAAGCACAUCAGAGACAAGGCCUUGAAUUUGGUUGAUAUUUGGUUUACGGAUAAUAUCAAUCUCAGAAUAUAUAUAUAAGCAGUGGGUGUUGCUUGUCUUGAUCUAUUGUUGUUAACAUUUUAUGUAUUUACUUCUCCUUGGGAAUGUCGAUGCACUUGCUUAUCAUU